AUGAAAGACGAGAGGGAUCAGUCAAUGGCCAUCCUCGUCGCAGUGGUCGAGCGCUGGAAUGACACCCACCUCCAAUGGAACCCAGCCGAAUAUGAUGGGAUUCGGGAGACCGUAACCCUCUACGAAUCCGCUUGGGUUCCGGAUAUCAUCCUUUACAAUAGCGCAUCCGAGACAUACUUGAAAGGAAUUGUUACAACGAACCUCAUCGUGGAAUAUACCGGGGAAGUGAUGCUAGAGAUGGUGGCACACUUCCGCUCCUCUUGCAACAUUAACGCCAAGGGUUUCCCCUUCGACAAACAGACCUGCACACUGCUCUUCAUGUCCCUCACCCAGGACCAAGACAAGAUCCAGAUGAGUGUACCGAAUGACCGUGGAGCCGAGCUUGUGGCAUACGAAGAGAGCGCAGAGUUCAAGUUGGAAUUAAUUACGGUUGCGCAUAGGAAUUAUACAGAUCCUUGCUGUAUUCUUCCCUUCUCUGCUGUGGAGUACUCCAUCACCCUCUCCAGAAAGGGAAUGUUCUUUCUCGUCAUCAACCACGUCCUCCCGAUGGUCGUCAUCAAUAUCAUUGGGAUAUACUACUGCGUGUGCAUCUGUCUGGUUGGAUUGGAGGUGGGCUUGAGCAUCUUCACGCUUUAUCUUCAUCAUUUGGAGGGAGUCCCUUUCCCCCGGAGCAUGCAGAAGUUCUGUCAGCUUUUGGCCAGAAUGCCCUUCAUGAGAAUGUCGCAAUUCAUCGAGGUUGGAAACGGAAAGAAGAAGGAGAAGAAGGGCAAAGACAUGGAGGAGAUAAAGGAGACUGGGGCUGAAAGACUCUCAUUUCCGCUUUUCUUCGACGAUCUGAUUCGAAUUUCCAAAAAGCAGUCCCCAAAUGCUCCACACGGCAAUGAGCGGGAAACAGAGAUCUCGCCUAACAAUGACGAGCAGCAGAACCAGGAGCCGAAGAAGGAGCCGAGGAUGAUUCCAGGGCAACCGGAUUUCCGGGCCCACCUGGAGAAUUGGAGAAUCGCCUCUAAGAUCCUGGAUCGGUUCUUUCUCUUCCUCUUCGCGGUCCUCAACGUUGCCAUUUCCAUUAUUAUUAUGGCAUGUUCUGGCGAUUGA